AUGACGUCCUCAUCCACUGCCGCUCUGUUGUACGCCGCCACUAUUGCCGUUCCCUCCACAGCAUCACCAAAACCCGAGGAUGAGAUCACAAAGACCAAAGCGUGGCAUGUUAAGAGCGGUGGCUUUGAUAACCCUUGGCCGUCAUGGCAGAUGCUGUCUGUGACGACCCUAAUCUGGGGCCUCAUGGCUAGGAGAUGGACUGGCAAGGCGAACAAACCCGAUACGACCCCUCCUACGGUCCCAGUUCAUCCCCCGAACUUUCUUCCUUCUCGCACGGCAAGUACUUCAGGCGCCCUUAGAGCAACAUGGCUUGGACAUGCCUGCUUCUAUGUCGAAUUUCCCUCCGGCCUGCGGGUUUUAUUCGACCCAGUCUUUACAGACCGCUGCUCGCCCUUUUCGUGGCUCGGUCCUAAGAGAUACACCGAGAUGCCUUGUCAAAUAAAAGAUAUACCCGUUAUUGACGCCGUCGUCAUCUCGCAUAACCACUACGACCAUCUGUCGCAUCCGACGGUCUUGGAGAUCGCGAAACACAACCCGGAGUGCCAUUUCUUCGUGCCUUUAGGCAACAAGAAAUGGUUUUCGGCAACUGGGAUUGAGAAGUGCACUGAACUGGACUGGUGGGACGAGGUGGAUUUCAAGUUGACACCCUCCUCUCAACGGUCCACAGAGACGAAGCGUGCGAGCGUAUCCUCCACCGACGAACCCAAUCCGAACCCUUCCACAGACACGAUAAUAGCUCGUAUCUCCUGCCUCCCAUGCCAACACAUUUCUGCACGUUCCAUUCACGACCGCGCCGCCACGCUCUGGGCUUCAUGGUCCGUCUCGUCAGGGUCUAAAUCGGUGUAUUUUGCCGGGGAUACUGGCUAUCGUACUGUCCCCAAAUCCUCGGAGGGGAAGGACGACUGGUCCGAGGAAUAUUCAAAACUACCUCAUUGCCCGGCAUUUGCAGACAUAGGUCGUCUCAGAGGGCCUUUUGAUUUGGGCCUGAUACCCAUCGGGGCUUAUAUGCCGCGGUGGAUCAUGAGUCCCAUGCAUGCGAAUCCCCGUGAUGCGGUCGAAAUAUUUAGGGAUACGAAGUGUAAGAAGGCACUGGGCAUGCAUUGGGGCACAUGGGUGCUGACCGAGGAGGACGUCCUGGAGCCACCCAAGCUGUUGAAGAAAGCAAUGAAGCACCAUAACCUGGAAGAAACGGGGGUGUUUGAUAUAUGUGACAUUGGCGAGAGCAGGGAGUUUUGA